GUAGCACCGACGAUCCUUUAGCCGAUCUUUCUGAGGUCUUAAAUACCGAUGAUGAUAUCCUUGGAAUACUUUCAGAUGAUUUGGUAAAGUCUGGAGAUCAUUCGGGUCUUGAUUUAUGCACUUUCCAGGUUGAGAACUCACCCUCCCCGUUUGCUGGUUUAGAUAUCGGUCCCAUCGCUGAUGAUCCUUCCUCUCUGCCUCAGCCGAAUGUCAGCCAGAGUUCACGGCCAUUGAGUGAGGAGCAGUUGGAUGGGAUCCUCAGCCCAGAACUAGACAAAAUGGUCACAGAUGGUGCUAUUCUUGGCAAACUGUACAAAAUCCCAGAGCUAGGGGGAAAGGAUGUGGAAGAUUUGUUCACAGCUGUAUUGAGUCCAGCAACCGCACAGCCGGCUCCUUUGCCACAGCCUCCGCCUCCACCGCAGUUGAUGUCCUUGCACAGUCAGGGAGAGAACGCAUUUCCAAGAGUGCCCCUCAUGAAUGGUCUGAUUGGCCCUAACCCUCACCUUCCCCAUACAGCUUUGACUGCUGGAGGUGGACUGGGCACUUUCUCUCCCAUCACACAGCAACCAUAUACUGAUACCAGGGAUAAGAAUCCAGCGUUCAAUCCCAUGGUAAGCGAUCCGAACAGCUCAUGGGCACCAUCUGCUCCACCUUUGGAAGGUGAAGGUGACACGAUGUCCAAUGCUCAAAGAAGCACUCUGAAGUGGGAAAAAGAAGAAGCUUUGGGUGAAAUGGCAACAGUAGCACCUGUUCUCUAUACAAAUAUUAACUUCCCUAACCUGAAGGAAGAGUUCCCAGACUGGGCUACAAGAGUGAAGCAGAUUGCUAAACUGUGGAGGAAAGCAAGCUCACAGGAGAGGGCUCCAUAUGUGCAAAAAGCCAGAGAUAAUAGAGCUGCUUUGCGCAUCAAUAAAGUACAGAUGUCAAAUGACUCCAUGAAAAGGCAGCAGCAACAGGAUAGCAUUGAUCCCAGCUCACGCAUCGACUCCGACCUCUUUAAAGAUCCAUUAAAACAGAGGGAAUCAGAACAUGAGCAGGAANNNNUUUUAAAACAGCAAAUGCGGCAAAAAAGUAAGCAGCAAGCCAAAAUAGAAGCCACGCAGAAGCUUGAACAAGUGAAAAAUGAGCAGCAGCAACAGCAGCAGCAACAGCAGCAGCAGCAGUUUGGUUCGCAGCAGCUUCUGAACCAGUCUGGCUCGGACACACCAAGCAGUGGGAUCCAGAGCCCCUUAACGCCGCAGACAGGCAAUGGAAAUAUGUCUCCUGCACAGCAGACGUUCCAUAAGGAUCUCUUUACAAAGCAGCAGCUACCUGCUACGCCUACGUCGGCAUCCUCAGAUGAUGUCUUCCUAAAACCACAAGCACCACCCCCUACUCCCUCCCGAAUCCCUGUCCACGAUUCACUGUCUCAGUCUCAGACUCCUCAGACAUCAUCACAGCAGAUAUUUUCUCCAGGUUCCACAAACACAAGGCCUCCUUCUCCAAUGGAUCCAUAUGCGAAAAUGGUGGGAACACCUAGACCAGCACCCAUUAACCAAAACUUCGUUAGAAGAAGUUCAAUUGCACCAUUAGAUACCUGUGCACCACAGUCAUCCAUGUCACGGCCCAUUCAGGUAACUGAACCGUCAGGAAGCAGGCCUUCACCAGUCAGGGAUUCGUGUUCUUCAUCUCCAGGUAGCAGUGAUCCCUAUGCAAAGCCACCAGACACACCCAGGCCUGUCAUGGCAUCAGAACAGUUCUCCAAACCAUUGGGGGUCCCGAGAUCGCCCAUAGUUAUGGAGCAGUCAGGGAAGGUUCCUUUAACAGCUGGAAGCAGUGAUCCCUUUACUAAGCCAGCUCCUAGAACUGACACGUUUCAGAGACAGAGAGUAACUUCUGAUGCAUACGCGCGGCCGCCAUUGACUCCUACUCCUACCCCUGUUGAUAGUAGCCCUGGACCUUUUAAAACUCCAAUGCGCCCACCUCAGUCCCCCCAAGAUCCUUAUGCAUCCAUGCCAUCUACACCAAGGCGCGUUGCUGUUGAUCCAUACGAAAGGCCCCCUUUGACACCGAGACCAGUGGAUAACUUUUCCCAUAAUCAGUCUAACGAUCCGUACAGCCAGCCUCCCCUUACUCCCCAUCCUGCAAUAAAGGAGACUUUUGCACAUCCGCCCCGGAUGGUGCGGCAGCAGAGUGAUUCUUUCCCUCAGUCUGGACCCAUUUCAAGGCCAGCUUCUCAGGACCCUUACUCCCAGCCUCCAGGUACUCCUCGACCGGUUGCUGAUCCUUACGCCCAACCUCCAGGGACUCCUCGGCCCGCCGCAGUUGAUCCCUAUUUGCAGCAACCACCAACACCGAGACCCGCUCAGACAGCGGAUAUAUUUGCUCAGUCCCCAGCAAACCAGAGACUUUCGGAUCCGUACGCCCAACCUCCUGGAACACCAAGGCCCGUUCUCAGUGAUCCUUAUUCUCAGCAACCAGCAACUCCAAGGCCAGCGAUUUCAGAGAGUUUUAACAGGCCUGCAAUGACGAGACCAGGACUGAUACCAAAUAGAGAUCCUUUCCUGCAGGCGUCGCAGAACAGAUUGCAGGGCACUUUCGUAAGACCAUCAGAUCCAUGUUCUCAAACUCCCCGACCUGCGGGACCUGCAAUAACGGAUUCAUUCAGCCAUGGUCCAGCUACUCCAGCACGUGACCCCUAUGAUCAACCACCAAUGACUCCAAGACCUCAGCCAGAAUCUUUCGGAACCGGUCCACUGGCCCAUGAUGCUGCUGAGCAGCCACGGCCUGGAUCUGAGGCCAACUUCAGCGCAUCUGGAAAUUCUCCGAUGAGUUCUCAAGGACAGCAGUUUCCCAAAGUUUCACAGGUUCCUGGCCCAGCACCCACUACAGGAGUAACAGAUCCACAGAACACAAUAAAUAUGUCUCAAGCAGAUACUGAGAAGUUGAGACAGCGCCAGAAAUUACGUGAAAUUAUUCUACAGCAGCAGCAGCAGAAGAAGAAUGCGGUUCGUCAGGAAAAAGCCUUGCAGGAUGCAGCAGCUCCUGCCCAUGCAGCUCCUCUUCAGCAUUGGCAACAAGACAACUUAAAUCAAAUUUUUAACCGCCCUCCUCCUCCGUACCCUGGGAACAUUAGGUCUGCUGUGGUCCCGCCGGGUGCGCCAAGGUUCACUGUGUACCCAAAAGACCAGCGUGGACCAUUUCCUGAAAAAAGACCCCAGUUUCCAGGUGAUAUGAAUGCCAUGGGGAUGAGACCUCACGGUCUUAGAUAUGGGUUUCCAGGAGGUGGCCAUGGUCCACCGUCAGGUCAAGAACGAUUCCUGGGUCCUCAGCAGCCAAUGCAACGUCCUGGAGUUCCAGCACAGCUGAGAAGAUCCUUGCCUAUCGAUAUGCCUCGGCCAGUGAACAAUGCGCAAAUAAAUAAUGCGGCUGGGAUCUCUCAGCAUUUUCCUCCACCGGGAAUUCCCGUGCAGCAGCACAAUAUACUGGGUCAGGCGUUUAUCGAGUUACGCCACAGAGCUCCUGAUGGGAGGCCAAGGCUGCCUUUCAAUCCUGCUGCUGCAAACGUGAUGGAUGCGGCAGCACAACACCAGCGGCAUGCAGGGUUUAUAGCCAGGCAGGAAUUCCCAGGCCCAAGGCAGGCAGAACCACUGAGACAUAAUUCUCAAGGUAUACCUAACCAGUUGCAGAUGCCCACCAGUCUGGAGCAUAUGUCACAGUCCCAGCAGGAUCCAAUCAAUCCUGACAACCCACCUGCACUUGUCAUACGUUCUCUAAGCCAUCCACCGGUUGCUGAGGCAUUCCCAGGACCACCUCUGUCUACAUCUGCACCAAGUGAUGAAUCUGCAAAUUUGCAGAUUCCCAGCCAGCCAAGUGAUGGUCUAGAAGAAAAGCUUGAUCCUGACGAUCCUGCUGUAAAAGAUUUGGAUGUGAAAGACCUUGAUGGGGUUGAAGUCAAGGAUCUAGAUGAUGAGGAUCUGGAAAAUCUAAAUCUAGACACAGAGGAUGGGAAAGGAGAUGAACUGGACACUUUAGAUAAUUUGGAAACCAAUGAUCCUCACCUUGAUGAUCUUCUAAGGUCUGGGGAAUUUGAUAUAAUUGCAUACACAGACCCAGACCUUGAUGUUGGGGAUAAGAAAGGAAUGUUUAAUGAAGAGCUAGAUCUUAGUGUCCCCAUCGACGACAAGCUGGAUAUCCAGAGCAAGACAGACGAACCAAAACAGAAGGAACCAGGUGACAGAACUGUUUCCCCCCCUGAGACCCAGUCUCCACAGAAGAAAUCUGCUCCGGAAAAUGAAAUUAAAACAGAAGUACUUUCCCCAAACACUCAGGAGGAAAAGAAGAAUGAAAGUGAAAAAAGUGAUGGAAAUGCUGAAUCCACAAGUACUCAACAGGCUGCUGAAGCUGAGUUGAAGGAUGGAGAAAAGGCUCCUGUGCAGCCUGCGAACCCAGAAUUCCCUGACAAAACUCCUGCUGUUCCUGCUCAAGAAACAGCUGUGCCUAGUCCAGAUGCUCAGGGAUCUGCUCCGCUGCCUGUUCCAGGAGCAGUAAGUUCCUGCAGUAUUUCUGGGUCCACACCAGUCCUCUCAAGUUUGCUGGCUAAUGAAAGCUCAGAUAGCGCUGAAGCACGGACUCUGGGAUCUCCGUCUCAGUCUUUGCCAACACCACAAAUGAACCAUGCAUCAGGUAUUCCACAAACACUAAUGACACCUGGUGGACAGAUCCUGGAAAACACGUUAAAUUCGAAUUUGGCCAUGGUUCCACGAAUUAACCAUAAUUUUCCUCAAGGGUCACCAAAUCCAGGGUUUAUUCAGGGUCAGUCAUCGAAUCAUAACUUUGGGACGACACAGACGUCUAACCAAGCUGUGGCUGUAGCAAACCGUCCUGGUCCUAGUGGCAUAUCUGGUCCCCAGCAGAUCAUGCUCCCUCAACCAUUAGCUCAGCAACAAAAUCGAGAGAGACCUCUUCUGCUAGAGGAACAGCCACUUCUUCUGCAGGACCUUUUGGAUCAGGAGAGACAGGAGCAGCAGCAGCAGCGACAGAUGCAAGCCAUGAUUCGCCAGCGUUCGGAGCCAUUUUUCCCCAAUAUUGACUUUGAUGCAAUUACUGAUCCCAUAAUGAAAGCAAAAAUGGUGGCUCUUAAGGGGAUCAAUAAAGUCAUGGCACAGAGUAACAUGGGGAUGCCACCAAUGGUUAUGAACAGGUUUCCCUUUAUGGGUCAGCCAGUGCCAGGGGCUCAGACCAGUGAAGGCCAAAAUCACAUGCAGCAGGCAAUUACACAGGACGGAAGCUUGACGCCUCAGAUUUCUAGACCUAAUCCUCCCAAUUUUGGUCCUGGUUUUGUCAAUGAUUCACAAAGAAAGCAAUAUGAGGAAUGGCUGCAAGAUACACAACAACUUCUUCAGAUGCAACAGAAGUACCUUGAGGAGCAGAUUGGAGCACACAGAAAAUCCAAAAAGGCGCUCUCAGCAAAGCAGCGCACAGCCAAGAAAGCUGGCCGUGAGUUCCCAGAAGAAGAUGCAGAACAGCUUAAACAUGUUACUGAGCAGCAAAGUAUGGUCCAGAAACAGCUAGAACAGAUUCGCAAGCAGCAGAAGGAGCAUGCAGAGCUGAUUGAGGAGUACCGCAUCAAGCAGCAGCAGCAGUGUGGCUUGGCACCCCACGCGCUCAUGCCAGGCGUCCAGGCUCAGCCACCGAUGGUUCCAGGAGGAGCAUCACCAGCAAUCAAUCAGCAGAACUUCCCCAUGGUGCCACAGCAGCUCCAGCAUCAGCAGCACCCAGUGGUAAUCUCCGGGCAGUCCAAUCCAACCAGAAUGCCAAAUUUGCCUGGAUGGCAAUCUGCAAACGCCCCUGCAAGUCACAUUUCCAUGAAUCCAGCAAGGAUGCAGCCUCCAAUGACGCCGUUGCCGAUUACUCCUGGUACACCAGCUCCUGUGCCUGGUGCAAACGCAGCUGCACAGUCGGGGCCACCACCGAGGGUGGAGUUUGAGGACAAUAACCCUUUUAGUGAAAGUUUUCAGGAGCGGGAAAGAAAGGAGCGGUUACGAGAGCAACAGGAACGGCAGCGCAUCCAGCUUAUGCAGGAGGUAGAUCGACAGAGGGCUUUACAGCAGAGGAUGGAGCUAGAACAGCAUGGUAUGAUAGGGUCUGAAUUAAAUAACAAAACAUCCUUAUCUCAGAUACCUUUCUUUAAUUCUGAUCUACCCUGUGAUUUUAUUCAAACCCCACGACCUCUUCAGCAGUCUCCGCAGCAUCAACAGCAACCAAUGGGGCAAAUCCUGCAGCAAGGUCCCGUGACCUCGCCUCCUGCCACGAACUUUAUGCAAAGCAGCGAGCGAAGGCCGGUGGGACCUGCAGCUUUUGGACCUGAUGCGUCUGCUGUUCCAGGUGGAGCCCCAAAUUUCCAUAAUGUGAAGCAAGCGCAUGGGAAUGUCCCUGGGGCCACCUUUACACAGAACCAAGCCAGGCCCCCAUUCGGUUCUGCUGUACCUUCAUCUGCAGCGCUCAGCAGCGGUGCCCCGUGUGGCUCGGACAGCAGCGUGCCCCAGGCAGCAAACUUCCCCGGAUCCAGCCAGUCUCUCAUACAGCUGUACUCAGACAUAAUCCCUGAAGAGAAAGGGAAAAAGAAAAGGACGCGAAAGAAGAAAAAGGACGAUGAUGCCGAGUCAAUAAAAGCCCCGUCAACUCCACAUUCAGAUAUAACUGCGCCGUCAACCCCAACCAUUUCUGAUUCUACCUCCACCCCCACGAUUAACACCCCCAAUGAACUUUCACGUCACCAAGAUGAACAGGAGUCGGUGGAGUUAACAGGUCCAUCAACGUCGAGUGCGGGAGAGAGCCAGACCUCUGCAGAGCUGGAGUGCAAGCUCCCCAGCAGCAGCCUGCCACAGAAACAGCCCAGUGUAAAUACAGAGACUGAGAAGGCCAAAACGGAUGGCCCUACCAGCAUUCAGGAGGUUAAACUAGAAAAGGCAGAAACUGAUCAGUGCUCGGAUCAAGCUGAGCCUAAACCAGAAAAUCCAAGCAGUAUUAAGGUGGAAGAAGAUAAGGUGACAGCACAGCCUGCAGCUCCAGCGCAGAGCCCAGCACAGCCAGCGAGCGUCCCAGCAGCAAAAGGGGAGUCAGGGAAUGAACUGCUGAAACACCUGCUUAAAAAUAAGAAAUCCUCAUCUCUUCUAAGUCAGAAAUCGGAGAACAGUGGCCGAACAGAAGAGGAGGCUUCUGGGGAUAAGAAGUUGGCAGAGAAGCAGAAUCCAGCUGAAGGAAUGCAAACUGCAGGAAACCCGAUGCAAGGUGCAUUUGGGUGCAGUAACAGCCAGCUACAGAGAACAGAGGUAGGACCCGAAACCAAGAAACAGAGAAAUAAGCGAACUCAGAGGACAGGAGAGAAGGCAGCUCCUCGGUCCAAGAAAAGAAAAAAAGAGGAAGAAGAAAAGCAAGCUCUUUACCCAAACGCUGAUACCUUCAUCCAGUUAAAACAGCAGCUUUCUCUUCUGCCUCUGAUGGAACCAAUAAUUGGAGUGAGCUUUGCGCACUUUCUUCCCUAUGGCAGUGGCCAGCUCAGUGGUGGCAAUCGGCUCGUAGGAAGUUUUGGUAGUGCUACUCUUGAUGGGGCUUCAGAUUACUACUCCCAGCUCAUUUACAAGCAGAAUAACCUGAGCAAUCCUCCGACACCCCCAGCCUCUCUUCCUCCCACACCACCGCCGGUGGCAUGCCAGAAGUUGGUGAAUGGCUUCGCGACCACCGAGGAGCUUGCUGGCAAGGCUGGUAUGUUGGGAGGUCACGACGUUACCAAAGCUCUGGGACCAAAGCAGUUCCAGUUGCCUUUCAGACCCCAGGAUGAUUUGUUAGCAAGAGCAAUGGCUCAGGGCCCUAAAACUGUGGAUGUUCCUGCUUCACUUCCAACCCCACCUCACAACAAUCAGGAGGAGUUAAG